AUGGGCAUGUUCCGGGUACCUGAAGCCUUGGUCCACGUCGACGACGACGGGUUUCUGGGGCUUCGACUGUGUAGUGCGAAGGCGGCGAUCGAGAUCUUUCGCGACGUGGUGAUAAUUCUCCUCCGGGAGGAGGCGAUCGGGAUCGGUUUCGGUAACAGGACGACGAACGCCAACGCCGAGGCGACUGAGAUCUGGCGGCGUAUCGCCCAGCAACAACUGGGGAUGGAGAUCGAUGAUAGCGUGCGGGAGACGAAGAAUCCCAAUGUUGCGGUGAGCGCGAUCUCCAAGUAG